AUUUUCCUUGCAGCGUUAAACAUCUUUCUAUCUGUUACAGCUAUUUUGGGGAAUACUCUGAUCCUGGUAGCACUUCACAAGAUCUCUUCAGUUCGUUCUGCGUCCAAACUCUUGUAUCGUAACCUUGCAACGACUGAUCUCUUCGUUGGUAUCACUGCACAGCCUCUGAUGGUCGUGCAUUGGAUCUCUGCCGAAAAAGGACAAUGGCACAUUUGCAGAAGCGCAAAGAUGGCAAAUUUUCUCGCCGGCUAUAUUUUGUGUUCCGUAUCUUUAAUCACCAUGACUGUUAUAAGCGUGGACAGACUUUUGGCUUUGUUGUUGGGGCUCAGGUACAAACAAGACGUAACUUUAACGAGAACAUAUCUUGCUAUAUCUAUUGCUUGGGCUGUAUCCAUUUUAUUGACUGCGAUGUACUUCGUUCAUUAUCGUAUAACUCUUUGGUACAGCUACGUAGGUAUAUUUCUAGCCCUUUCAAUUUUGACUUUCUGUUAUGCAAAAAUUAUCUUAACGCUGCAUCACCGACAGAGGAAGGUGUUCGUUACACCUACUUACUAUAGUUAUCAAGGACAGGUGAAGCGACCAGGCUUAGCGAACAUUACACGAUACAAAAAGACACUGAGCGGUGCACUGUGGCUUCAAAUGAUAUUACUCGUUUGUUAUUUGCCAUAUUGCAUAGUGGAUGCUUUGAUCAGUCAAAGACGGGAUUAUUCCCAGUCGUUUUACAUUGCCAGGGAAUUUACAGUGACUUUAGUUUACUUAAACUCGAGUCUUAACCCAAUAGUUUAUUGCUGGAAGAUGAGAGAAGUCAAAAGGGCUGUAAAGGAGACUCUCAAACAAAUUUUUAGUUGUAUAUGUUGUAAUUAA